AUGGCCCUGGAGGCGGCUGGGACUGUCGGGACAGGCGCUGAGGCCGAGGCGCUGUUCUCGGCGUACGCGCGCGCAAUUGCAGAUGAAGCCCUGCCGCCACAGCGAGCGCGAGACGUAUGGAGCGGCUUGCUAGAAGUGCUAGAGGCCAAGCGCGGAUGUGAUGACGAGGCGGGCGUUGUUGUUGGGAGCGUUAUCGAGGCCACUGGCAAGAUCGUGGGCCUGUUUGAAGCCGUGGCAACGGCGCUCGACACGCUGGCCGCCGCGCUGGGCAUCACGCCCGAGGCAGCUGAGUCGAGGCAAACCGCUGCGCUCGCGGGCCUCCAAGCUGCUCUUCAGGUUGCACUGCCACACACACUGUUUGAAGAAGUCAUGGCGGUGGUGUACAAGGAGGCACUGCUCGUCUUUGGGCUCAGCGUGGUGUGCCGCGACGACGACGAUGAGGAGUAUGACGAUGAGGACGACGACGCGGAGAAUGACGAUGAGGAUGAGGCGGCCACAAGUGCAGGCUCGGCAGUUCUUGGCCUCGAUAGUCUCACCCAGCUCAUGCACCAGCUGUCGGUGCUGGGCCUUGCACAGGCGUCGGUGUCAGUGGUGACCCAGUUGCUGUACCGGGUUGUCGAGGCGCACAUCCUCUCGCAGGCCAAGGGAGAGUUCGAAGAGGCGUGGCUCGAUGAGCUCAUUCGGUGGAUGGAGGCUGAUGUGGCCGUAGCCGUUGAGGCUGUUGUCAAGGGCUGCGGGAAUGCCACGGUGGCGCAUCUCCGUGAGCGGCUAUGGUUUCAUAUGUAUGAGGCCUUUGGAGAGCUCCGCAUCCGCGAGCUCUUUGACAUUAUUGUAGACUUUCCCGACUCAGCGCCGGCAGUCGAGGACCUGCGGCGGGCACUGGCGCGGACAUGGCAGCACGAGCGGCUGGUUGACGUGCUCUCUGCGGCGUUUGACAAGCGUCUGCUGCAUCUUGGCGCCAACACGGUCGACAUCUUGGGGCAGUACGUGUCGUCGAUCAAAGUGCUGACUCGGCUGGACCCGUCGGGUGUCAUGCUCGAUUCGGUCUCGCACGGCAUCCGCAACUAUCUCAAGAACCGCGAGGACACCAUCCGGUGCGUGGUCACCUCGCUCACCGACCCGUCACCAACCUCGCUCCUCGGCGGCGAAUUGGUCUCCGCGUCGGGCCCGACCGGCAGCGGUGUCGGCGGCGGACGCGGCGGUGGCGCAGCAAAUGAGGACUACGACAACUGGACGCCGGCACCGCUCGAGUCGGGCGCGUUGAGCGCGACGACUACGGCGCCCGCGGCGCGGACCGACAUCUUGGCCAUGCUGGUCAACAUCUACGGCUCACAGGAGCUGUUUGUCUCCGAGUACAAGGUUCUGCUUGCCUCCAAGCUCCUCGCCAUCACCGACUACAACACCGACGAUCAGGUCCGCAACUCUGAGCUCCUCAAGCUGCGGUUCGGCGAGAGCUCGAUGCAGCCGGCCGAGGUCAUGCUCAAGGAUCUCGCCGACUCGAAGCGGAUCAACGCGUACGUCCACUCCCACGAGGGCGGCGGCGACAACGAGCUCGUGGUUUCAGGCACUGUCAUCUCUCGCCUCUUCUGGCCGCCGCUCAAGGAAGUCAACUUCCAGCUCCCACCGGCCAUGGCAGCGCAGAUGGAGACGUACGCCAAGGCGUUCCACUCGCUCAAGACGCCGCGGACGCUGAGCUUCCUGCCCAACCUCGGCUCGGUCAGCUUGACGCUCGAGUUUGACGACACCGAGCUCGAGGUGACGGUCUCGCCGCUGCUGGCCACCAUCAUCUCGUACUUUGACGCCAAGACGGCUGCAGCCGUCGGUGGCGCCAGCAUCGCCGUUGACGGCACCGUCACCUGGCCGGCACGGGCGCUGGCCAAGGUUGUCGGCAUCGACGUCGCGCUCCUGCGCAAGCAGAUGGUCUACUGGCUCGCCGCCUCGGUCGUUGUCGACGCUGGCGACGAGUGCUACGCCUCGGUCUCGGUCCUGGGCGACGCACCGAGCUCGUCGGCCGGCGGCGCCGGCGGCAUGGACGCCGACUCGGGCGUCGCCUCGCUCGAGGACCAAAAGGCUGAGGAGAUGCGGGUCUACCAGUCGUACGUCAACGGUAUGCUCGGCAACCUCGGCGCACUGCCCGCCGAGCGCAUCCACAACAUGCUCAAGAUGUUUGUGGCCAACUCGGGCUACACCGCUUCGCUCAACGAGCUCAUCUCGUUCCUCAAUACGCUCGUCCGCAAGGAGGAGCUCGCCUUUGCUGACGGCAUGUACUCGCUGCCCAAGUAA